AUGUUGUCCUCUUGCUUUGGUUUACGAAAGAAGAGCAAUGACCCCGAGCGAGAACCACUGCUCCCUCAAUAUGAGCAAGACACUCAUCUACAGCGGGAGCUGUAUCGGAAGCUUCAAAGCUACCAGAUGCUAAGGGCUCUGACCAAAGGAUACAUGCCAACUACCGAACAAGCCACUAUCAACUUACGUACUCUUCUAGCAAGUGACGUAUUGAAUCCCGAAAACCCAGACCUGUCCGAUAGUGGUCGCCGUUUGAUACGUCUCACCAAGCUAUGGCUACAGCAAUUCAUUACUCUUCUACAGAAUAAAAAUGGCAAGGAUCAACUUCAAGAUCUUAUCUGGUUCUUAACAAAAAGCCGAAUAUCAAUCGAUGUGGAAGAUCUCAGCGCAAGGGCCAAGAAAACCAAAGCCAAGGCCGAUAUUGCUGCUGCGUACCAAAGUGUGCGCACUGUCGGCUCUCUACUGCUCACGAAUCCCGAUUUUAGAACAUUCCUUAGUGAUCUCAAUAUAGUCGGUCGCGAGGUUUUCAGAGAUUCGGCAUUUGCAUUGAGUAGUGCUGCUAAGGAAGUAGGCGAGCAGUUGGAGCCAUCACACGAAGAACAGCGAAGUAUAGCCGAGUCAGGAACUACUAGUGAUGGCCAGCCACCGACAGCCCAAGAUUUAGAGGAUGAAUUCGAAGAUGCCGGCAAAGUUGUUGCGAGCCACGGUGCCGAGGUCGCAAGCGCUACGGUCGAGAGUGCUAAAGAUAAGAUUUCUGGUGAUGAGGGCCAGACGCUUUUAAAACGGUUGCAGCAAGUAGUCCUUAACCUUCGCAAGCGCAAGGACUAUUCGGACUCCGUAUCGACACUCUCAUUACUCAUAAAACGCUAUGCUAUAGUCUAUUCGCGAGCCGCUGAGGAACUAAUGGAUAUCACCCAGGAUGAUGUUCAGGAAAACCGGGAGACAGAUCGUGCCCUCACCAAUCUUUGGGAGUUUGUUAGGAGCUUCGGUGACAAGAAUGAAUGGGAGAGGUCAGAAGAGCUUUUGAAGAAGGUUAUGAGCCAUAAAGACAGCGAUCCCGAGUUUGAGAAUUUACUACAGGACCUCGGUGACAGCUUGCAGAAGCUCCUUAUGGACCCGGAAUUCUUCUCCAAUGCGGAUGAAAAGCUCCGGGAGCUAAGAGAAAAGAGCAAGAAUGUCGGAUCAGAGAGUAGCUUGAAACAGGAUGUCGAUGAUCUCCUACAGCAGCUAUCUAUCACGUUCAAAAGUGUGGCAAAGGACGAAGAUAUCCAUAAUCUAACAACAACAACGCUCCGUAUUUUUGGUGUCCUUUCUCCUACCAACUCGACAACAAACACUGACUUAAUCCACGACGCGCUGAAUGUAUUUAUUCCACUUCUCAUCAGUACAGUUCAACAUGUGCCAAUCCCACGUCUCGAAGUCAGCACACCAAUAAUCGACCUUCUACUAGAAAACCUCAUUAUCGAGCCCGGAAUUACUGUGAACGAAACAUCAUUCCUUCCGUUCAGACUGAAGAUCGAGAAUUAUAAUGACGUUGAGAUCCGUAAAGCCCGUUUCCGGACAAAUACUAGUAUGAAGAACCUCAUGCUCAUUAAGAUCGACGGCCUUUCAGCACGUGCGGAUGAGGUCGGCUUCUGGUUGCGCGCCCAUAGUGGGUUAUUCCGUCUAGCCGAUGAGGGCAUCGCAAGCUUCGCGCUAGAUGAGCGCGGCAUUGACAUCCACCUCGAAGUCGAGAUAUGUCGCGAGCGCUUAGAACAGAUGGUAACACUACGCAGCGUGCGGGUAAAAGUACACAAGUUAAAUUACAAGCUCCGGAAGAGCAAGUUCUCCUGGCUGGGCUGGAUCAUUAAGCCAGUGCUUCGACCGAUCCUCAAGGCGACAAUGGAAGCCCAGCUUGCUUCUGCCAUUAGCGAUUUGUUACAUGCUGCGAAUCGCGAGUUGUUGUUUGCUCGGGAGCGUCUACGCGCGACACGGAUCGCCGAUCCGAAGGAUCUAUGGACCUUCAUCAGGGCUGUUGCGGCUAGGUUGGUACCCGAGGAAAAUCCUGAUCUAUAUACGAGGGUGGGUGUUGAGCAGCCGGGCCGUGGUGUCUUUAAGGGUGUCUAUACCCCGGGUAGUGUUGUUAAGAUAUGGAACGAGGAGGCAUCUCGAGCUGGCGAUCGUAUUGAGCAGUUUGAGGCGGGCGGUUGGCGGAACGACGUAUUUGAUACGCACGUGCGUAAUCUCACUUGA